UCGGCAAGAGUAAGACGGUUAAAGGAAUUUUUUGGGAGGCGUGUAGGGCGUACACAGUUGAUGCUUUUGAUGCUGCCAUGGAUGUUAUGAAAAAGACAAAAGAACCAGUAUGGGAGUACUUAAAAAGUAUAAAUCCAGAAACCUGGUCAAGGGCACAUUUUAAAGGGAACCGAUACAAUCUUAUGUCGUCCAACAGUGCGGAGUCUAUAAAUGCAUUAUCUAGACACGCACGUAAGGUGCCAAUACUUAUGUUGAUUGAUUUUUUUCGUGCUACAAUGCAACAAUGGUGGUUUCAAAGACGUAACUUUGCAGCGGAAGCAACAACAACACUUACCCCUUGGGCGGAUGAAGUUGUAAAAGAAAACAAGAAAAAUUUUACCAAAUGGGAUGUUCGCAUGAUCUCAAAUACGAAAUGCGAGGUCAAAAAGGGGGCACAAAAUGUGAUUGUUGAUUUUCAACAUAUGACAUGUACAUGUAGGCAUUGGCAACUUGAUGGGAUACCUUGUGGUCAUGUCAUAAGAUGUUUAACAGUGAACAAUUACCAAGAUUGCUCGAGGUUUGCAUUAAAUGCUUACUUUACCGAAACACUGAGGAAAACAUAUGAGGAAUCAAUAAACCCUCUGCCGAAGCCAUCCGAAUGGGAGAUCCCCGAUGAUUUGAUGAUUGUUAAGCCACCUAUAAUGGAUAAACGUCAGCCAGGCAGGCCAAGAAACACAGACCGCAUUCCAUCCCAAGGCGAGGGUCCAAUUAUAAAAGAGUGUUCUACAUGUGGUCAACUAGGACACACGAGAAAUAAUUGUACUGGAAGGGCGUCUGGUAGCAGAGCAGGUCACAUAAUUUCUACUGCAGAAAUGGCAUAUAAUAUUGGUGGUUCAGCGGGUUGCUCACAAACCCAUAACGCUGAUUUUGAUAUAAAACAACCUUGAAAUUAAGAGUAAUGACGAGUUGUUAGCUUAUUAUGUAUUGUAAUAUUUUUAUUAACUCUUACAAGACAUUGCUAUGCUUUCAUAUUUUAGUUAAGUUUGUUGAUUAUAACAAUGAAUGAAGCCUUUAUAUUAUAAAAUAUAGUUUGCAGAUUUAUUUUAACAGUUACAACAUGUUAUUUAAAAAAAACAACAAACGAUCCUUUGGCAACCUAAUCUGUUUCAUGAUAAUAUUACAACAACUUUAUAACUAAUUUUUAAACUCAGGGAACUGCAACGGGUACUUCUCUUUCUCCAUUGUUAUAUAGUCAUCCCUAAUUCUCAUUUUGUCUUCGAAACGAUCCUUUUUUACCAUAAUGUGUAUCAACUGCUCAUCCUUCUCAGCAAGCCGUUUUUCAGUCGUUUUGAUUGCCUUCUUACUCUUUUUUAUCCAAUCUUUAUGCUCUUUGAUUUUGUUUUUAUUGAGGUCAAUCCAUUCUUCAGCUUGUUUGCAUUCCGAACCUAUAUCAUUAGCAAGUUGAGUGAGAAGUCGGGAUGACUCUUUGUCCUCUUCUUGUUGUGCUUCAGCCUUCUUUAAUUCUUCAAAAUUUUCAUGUGACAUAUAUGACCCGGCUGAAGAGGGUGUAAAAAAAGGGUCUACCGAAUCACAGUAGUAACAAUCUACUUCGUUGCAUGAGCAAAUUUCGAAUUUGUGUGAGGAACUCAUAAUAAAAUCGAUGUUGUAUUAAACUGGAGCAAUAAGUGGUAUUUAUACAUACUAGACAGUAAUGAGAAGUCCAACUUUGAAAUGACUAGACAGUAAUGACAAGUCACUGUAGUAACCUGCACAUCCCAGUGGGUCCCUUUAGUGACAAGAGAUAAAUGACAGUUUGACAUGACAAAACACUGCAUAAAGCUGAAAUUCGUAGUCCAAAUAUAACCAUUUCGUAGUCAAAGUAUUAUUUCAUAGUCUAUUUAUUUAUAUAAAUAGAUGUUUAAGAUCUAUAAACCAAACACCCAAAUCACCUAAACGAAACGAAUUCCCAUUAUUAGAAAUGUCGUCGAAUGCAGCAAGUUCUUCGAAUGAAGUACCUGGUUCCAAUUCUGAAAGGCCAUGGACGACAAACGAGGUGUUAGUUCUAACACGGUGCUGGCUAAGUGUUAAGGAUGGUGAACCGUUACUUGCUCCCCCGCAUUGCCUAAUUGGUGAUGAAUGGAGUCGCAUCACAUCUUUGUUUAACCAUGAGAUGGGAGAAGGGCAAAAAAGAGAAAAA